AUGUCGCUUCAGGUGCGAGGCCCCGACUUCUCGGUUACGAAGCAGAAGGCCCUCGAAGAUGCCAAAAAGAUGCAGGCGGCGGUGGACGAUGAGGUGGCAAAAGCUGGACAGGAUAAGCCGCCUUAUCUUCUCAAUGAACUUAUUGGCAAGGGAAGUUUUGGGCGCGUCUACAAAGCAACCGACAUCAAUACCAGCAUGCUUGUUGCAGUAAAGAUCAUUGACAUCGAAGAAAGCGACACCGUCAACCCCAAGCUUGCCGACACGUUCAAGGAGUUCUUGGCUGAAGUGAACGCCCUGAAGCUUCUCAGUGACAGCGGCGCAAAAAACAUCAACCAUGUCAUCGACGCGUUACCUGUCGGCCAAUCCAUGUGGAUGAUCACCGAGUAUUGCGCUGGAGGUAGUGUAGCGACGCUCAUGAAGCCCACGGCGCCUGGCGGCUUGCAAGAGAAAUGGAUCAUCCCUAUUCUCAGGGAGGUCGCCGAAGCCGUGUCCUGGGUUCAUCGUCAGGGAAUUAUCCACCGCGACAUCAAGUGCGCCAAUGUUCUGGUUACCGAGUCUGGCGGGGUACAGCUCUGCGAUUUUGGAGUCGCUGGCGUUAUUGAGACCAAGUUUGACAAACGAUCAACGUUCAUUGGAACACCUCACUGGAUGGCACCAGAACUUUUCGACCAGUCGACGUCGUAUGGUACAGAGGUUGACAUCUGGGCAUUUGGUUCUAUGGUAUUUGAAAUUGCAUCUGGCCUUCCGCCGAACGUUAUGGCUGGAAUCGACGUUUACCAGCUUGGAAACUAUAUCAAAGCGCACACGCCACGGCUUGAGGGCGACCAGUACUCCGACAGGCUGAAGAGCCUGGUUGCGUACUGCUUGGAGGAAGAUCCGGCGAAACGGCCAACUAUCGAAGAGGUUCAGAAACAUCCUUAUAUCGCCAACACGGCCCAACAGUAUCCGGCCUCGUCACUAGCCUUGUUGGUUAAAGGCUUCAAGCUUUGGGAGUCCCAAGGCGGUAGCCGCAAAUCCCUUUUCGCUCCAGGUGGAGCCCAGGGCAUGUCGGGCAUGGACGACUCCGACUUUUCGUCUACGGCGAUGGCGAAUGACGAGUGGAAUUUUAGCACAACAAUGGCAUUCGACCAACAGGUGUUUCAAAACUCAGAUGCUCAGGCGGUCUACGAUGUGUAUGGCUCAAACGUGGAUUUCGACCCAGUGCUUCUGGACGAGAUGUCGCGAGCCAAGCCAAAGGCUCGGAGGAGACCGCCACCACAGCAGCUCGCCGCCAUGAAGGCGCCUUUGGAGAAGGUGUUCGAUCCGAAUACGAUAUCCAACUAUGAGGAUAACUCCCGGGCCUAUUAUGGCAGGCCGAUUCCCCCCCCCGCUUCAGAUCUCCCCUUGCGAGACGACUCUCUUCAGUCGACGGCGGUGAGAGAAUCGCUCAUUGACCUCGAUGCGUCAUUGUCCGGCAGCGAUCUCUCUAACUUUGUCGACAUGAAUACUAUUAGAGCUGGUGGACCGCGUGCAUCUGUUGAUUAUCAUAUGGGAGAUGAGCCGGAUUUCAACAAACCGCCUCUGAGCGACCCGGCGGAUCUGAAUCCGAACAGGAAGACGCAGGACUGGAAGUUUCCUUCCAUGGCUCCGCCAGCAUCGGCGAACCCAGAAAUGUCUAGGUUCUCCUUUAACGAGGAUCGACCAUUAAACGAAGACCGUUCUUUUAGCGAUGAUCGUCCCUUCGUAUUCCCUGCUCUCCAGGAGGACCGCCCAGCACCGAACUCCGCAUCUCGCCCUCAGAUGUUCCACAACCAGACUGAUCCAGCCCCGGCCCCUAACUACGGCGGUGACCUCAUGGUUCCCCGACCGAACUCGCAGUUGAACAACAGAGAAUCCAGCGGCAGCCUGAUCGACCUUGACGAGCUCAUGGUUCCGCAAACCACCUACCAGAACAACCGCGUAUCAACUGGCAGCCUGAUCGAUCUCGAUAUGGGCCUGGCCGACGCGAUGCCGGAGCUUACCCGCCCUUCCACGGCGAACUCAGACGCUGCUUCUGUGAGCGGCUCAGAUGUCGGCAUGGCAAACCCAUUCGAUCUUGAACGCCACGCUUCGUUGUACGUCCCCAUGACCAACCGGGAGCCGUCCAUAUAUGUCCCCGCGUCAAAUCGCGAACCGUCCAUAUAUGUGCCAUUAUCAAACCGAGAACCCUCGAUUUAUGUUUCGGACGACUCCGACUUUGCUUCGAAGGUUCCCAGAGACGAUGACGUGAGCGUUGUUGACCUCUCUAUGGCUGAGCCUGGCGCCACCGUCCGACCUUUAAACGGCCAGGGCGGCCUGAGGUUGAACACGCACCGGUCGUUCAACAGCGUCAAUAGCGCCGAUUACUCAGAUCCCGAGUACCUGACUCCUCAGCAAGCCGCCCAGCCGGUUCUCCCCCUGGGUGGCCCACGCUCAACGGGUACUCGUGAGAGUGGCAUUCUCCCGUUGCCGCCACCACCUGCGCCCCCAUCGGUGGAGGUAAUGCAAGGUUCCGCCAGCGCAGAUGCAGUAAAAGAAGAGCUGAGGCGAAUGGCGAUGAGUCUUGGCGAGCAUCUUAGUCAUGCCAACCAGUAUCUCUCAACGCUGCCGGUGCGUAAGGGUGGAAGACAAGAUUUUAUGGGAGAGACAAACUGA